GUCCUCACCCAGCUCAAAACUCCAAGGUCCAACUCUAAAGUUAACUAUCUGUCCCAAACGCAGACAGUCCUCUCCGACAGGUCGCCAGAUUAGUAACUGAUCAUCACAAAAUAAAGAUGGGAGACUGGGGAUUCCUGUCGACUUUGCUGGACAAGGUCCAGUCCCACUCCACGGUCAUCGGGAAGAUCUGGAUGAGCGUCCUCUUCCUGUUCAGGAUCAUGGUCCUGGGAGCGGGAGCUGAGAACGUUUGGGGGGACGAGCAAUCGGGCUUCCUCUGCAACACUCAGCAACCUGGUUGUGAGAACGUCUGCUACGAUUGGAUCUUCCCCAUCUCGCACAUUCGCUUCUGGGUCAUGCAGAUCAUCUUCGUCUCAACGCCAACACUGGUCUACCUGGGCCACGCCGUGCACGUCAUCCACCAGGAGAAGAAAAUGAGGGAGCGCAUGUUGAGCCCUGGGGGGUCCCGACUGAACAAAAUGCCCAAAUACACGGACGAAAAGGGGAAGGUGACGAUCAAGGGGAACCUUCUGGGGAGCUACCUCACGCAACUGAUCGUCAAGAUCAUCAUCGAGAGUGCCUUCAUUAUAGGCCAGUACUACCUGUACGGCUUCAUCAUGGUGCCCAUGUUCCCCUGCUCCAAGAAGCCCUGCCCCUUCACCGUGGAGUGCUACAUGUCCCGCCCCACGGAGAAGACCAUCUUCAUCAUCUUCAUGCUGGUGGUGGCCUGCAUCUCCCUGCUGCUCAACUUCAUCGAGGUGUUCUACCUGCUCUGCACCAGGAUCAGGUGCGGCUCCAGGCGUCACACUCACAAGAUCACCUCAGCGGAAAACCCUGCCAGCCUGUCGAGUCCAAAAUGGCCGAACACAGAAGACCCACUGAGGCAGAACAAGAUGAACAUCGAGAUGGAGAACAGCCAGAGGAUGGGGGGGAGUCUGGGGGGAAGUCUGGAUGGAGCCAAAGAGGAGAAACGGCUGCUGAGUGGACAUUAAAAAACAUUAUGAUGCAUUAAAUGCUUGUUUUUUGGUUUCUGGUUCCUUUUUCAGAUACAUCUAAAAGACUCAAGUACAAUAGGGUGUACACAUCAUGACACAACAACAACAAGGAAAAGCACGUUUAAUGUGUAGUUAAGAAAUGUUCUUGCUGAGUAAAGUCUGCAUAAAUCUGUCCACCCAUCUUUUGUAGGGGCGCUUUGUUAGAAUUUUACAUAUUUUUUAUUAUUUAACAGGAAAUCUAAUGAUGGAAAGUGUGCAAUGUUGAUGUCUUUAUGCUCUUACAGUAGAUACCCACUUGUUAAUCUGUUAGUGAGCAGAGUUUUGUCCUUGCCUAGUUUUGAAUGUGUCCUGUAAGUUAUUGCCAUGUAUCCAAAACGAAUAAUUUGCUCACUGAUAAACAAUGAUUAUGAUGUCGAUGAUUGUGGUGAAAAAGUGUUUUUCCACUGUAUGGCUGAAACAUGUUUAUGUGCUCUGUUGUUUUUAAUAAAUUAUUGAGGUUGGAUUGAAGAAAAACUGUUUCAUGACUGAAUAAAUGAUGUUCAGAUGA